GCGUCGGUAUGAAUAGAGAAUUAUUGAGCUCACCCAUAUGAAUAGGAAAUUAUUUCCCUAAAUGAAGCUUAAUGACUCAUGUCGUAAAGUUAGUCCAAAAUGGACGAAUACCUCCAAUAAAUGGAGUUUUAAUUUUCACCGGAGGGGCAUUGAAUGCAGGAUGAGCCGGACAAAGUCAGUCGCCGGAGAUUUUUCGGCCGCCUCUUGGAGCAAUGGCAAUUGUCUCUGGUGGUGGUGGAGCCGGAAAAUAUGCCGGACAGAUCUUCGGAGUGAUGCAGCACCUCUUCUUGCGAUGGAACUUCUUCUUCCAUUAAAUCAGAGAAACGAGCUUGUACAAGGCAGCGAUGGUCAUCUUCCCGCUGUUCUUCUUCAUAUUGCUAGCUCGUGAAUUCCAGCCGUGCUCGACGGCGGGAGCCUGGCUCAGAAUCAGCUACUGGGCCGCCGACAGGAGCGUCGACUCCCCUGUUUCCGAAAUCGACUAUUCUCUCUUCACUCACUUUGUCAGCCGCUCUGCCCCCAUCAAUUCCUCCUCCUACGAGCUAUUCAUCCUGCCGGAGGAGGCGCAAUUCGUGUGCAACUUCACGGCGACGGUCAAGCUCAAGGACCCAUCCAUCUCGACGCUGCUGUCGAUCCUCUGCGACGCUACCGGCUCCGCCGACUUCUCGUCGACGGCGGGGGAUCCCUCUCGUCGGAAGUCCCUCAUCGAUUCCUCAAUCGAUUUUGCCAGGACCCAUAUGUCCUCGUUUGACUUGAGUUUGGUGAAAGCAGAUCAAGAUCUGACUGAAAAGGAAGACUCACAAUCAAAAGAAACUAGUUUGGUGAACACAAGCCGCUUUCUACUUUCGAGGCGAGAAAAUUUCCUGGAAGGGAAAUAUGCAACCUUUUUCUGUCUGACACAGCCUUGAAUGGCCAUGUCACACCCUGG